AUGGAUCUUUCUAACUACGAAUAUUUAAGAGAUUUUGGAGUAAAAAAUGAGAUAAAAAGAAGAACUAUAUAUAAGGAAAUAAUUAUAUAUCAUAUAAUAGAUAUUAUAAUAUUUAUAAUACUAUUUUUAAGUUGUUUUAAAUUUGAUGUAGUAUUAUCAUAUAAUUACGAAAGGGAAAUAUUUUACAAUUUUUAUAAAUCAUUGACUGAUUUAGCUUUUUUAAAUUUAACAAGAAUUAUUUACACUAUUAUUUUGCUUUUUUUUUAUUCCCAUGUAAAUAAAAUAAAUAUAUUAGAAAAUUUUUAUGUAUUUUCUAGACAUUUAACUGGAUUUCUAGCUAUUUUAAAUUCUAUAAAAAUGAUAAAUUUUCAUUAUAAUUUAAAUACAGAGGAAACAAGUUAUAAUGGUAUAUAUUUUAGUAUAGUUAGAAUAAUAAUUAUGAUAUAUAGUUUAGUAUCUUCAAUUUACUAUUAUUUUAUUCAAUAUAAGUUAUAUAAUGUUAAGAAAAAAUGUUUAAUAGCUAGAUCAAAAUUAGAAAAGAUUUUACUGAAAGAUAUAAAGAAGUAUAAGUUAUUUAAAGAUGAUUUUGAUAAUAAUUUAUUAGAUACAAAUUGUAGUAACGAAAACAGCACCAUGAUAACUGGUGAAAAUAAAAGUUUAUUAGAGUUAAAUUUCUCAUAUAGUAAAUUAUAUGAUUCAGACACCUUAUAUAAAAAUUUAAAAGAAUUAAAAAUGUCAAAAAAAAAAUCACAAAAAAUAAAUGAUUUAUUAAUAGAAAAAAAUGUUACAAAAUCAUUAUUAUCAAAAAGGGAAAAAAACUAUAGAAACAAUAAUAGUGAUGAUGAGACCUUCUCUUAUAGUACGAAUAUAAAUUAUUUAGAGAAUAAGUUAACAUAUAAUGAAUUUAAGAAUAUUCUACUACCUUAUUUAUGGCCAAGUAGAAGAGUAGAUUUAAAAGGAAAUAGUUUAAUAUUACGUUUUUAUAUAGUGAUUAUUUUUUUAUUUAUAAUAAUAUCCAAAAUAUUUAGUGUUAUAUCACCUAUAUAUCUUGGUAUUGCAUCUAAUGAAGUUCUAAAAAAAAAUUUUUCAAAUUCUAUUUUUUACCUUGGAUUAUACGUAACAUUUUUUUUUAUUUCUAAAUUUCUUAAAGAAUUAUGUGGUAUAUUAUAUUCACAAGUUCAACAAUCUGCAUUCAUUGAAUUACAAGAGUCUAUUUUCCAAAGUUUUCAUAACUUAUCUUAUGAAUGGUAUUCUAAUAAAAACUCGGGGGGAAUUAUGAGAAUAGUUGAUAGAGGAACAGAAAGUGCAAAUAAUUUAAUGAAUUCUUUAUUAAUGUAUAUAAUACCAGCAACAAUAGAAGGAGUUAUAACAUGUGUAAUAUUUAUAUUUAAAUAUAAAAAUAGUAUGUUGGGAAGUGUUUUGUUUAUUGGAUUAACAUUAUAUAUAUAUGCAACCAUAAAAAUAACAAAAUGGAGAAAAAAAAUUAGGACAAAAGCAAAUAAAAUGGAUAAUGUAUAUCAUGAUAUAGCUCAUGAUUCAUUAACAAAUUAUGAAACUGUAAAAUAUUUUAGUAAUGAAAAGUUUGAAAUAAAAAGAUUUUGCAACGCCUUAUCUAACUAUAAUAGAUAUAAUUUAAAAAUUUUAAAUAGUUUAGGUAUACUAAAUAGUAUUCAACAAUUUAUUUUAAAUGGAACUUUAUUUUUUACUUUAUUUUGUGCAAUUUACAUGAUAAUAGAAAAAGGAGCAGAUAGUGGAACUUUUAUUAGUGUAAUAGUGUAUAUAACAAAUGUAUUUUCUCCUUUAAGUAUAUUAGGUACAUUAUAUACCAAUAUAGUGAAAUCCUUCACAGAUAUAAAUGAUUUAACAGAUGUAUUAAGAGAAAAAAUAAAUGUUCCAGAUGACCAAAACUUAGAACCAUUUGCAUUAACAUCUUACGAAAAAAAAUUUGGUGUAAGUAUUCAGUUUGUUGAUGUUAAUUUUCAUUAUCCUACACAACCCCUGAAUCUUUCUUUAAAAAAUAUUGAUAUAUUUAUACCAGCUGGUACUACUUGUGCUAUUGUUGGUCAUACUGGAUCAGGAAAAACUACUAUUUCUAAAUUGUUGUAUCGUUUUUAUGAUACAGAAGGAGAGAUAAAAAUUGGUGGAAGAAAUAUAAGUAAAUAUACAAGAAAUUCUAUUAGAAACAUAAUAGGAAUAGUACCUCAAGAUACUAUUUUAUUUAAUGAAACUAUAAAAUAUAAUAUUUUGUAUGGAAAGCUAAAUGCAACAAAUGAGGAAUUAAUACAAGCGGUAAAAUCUGCACAAUUGUAUGAUUUUAUUGAAUCCUUACCAAAAAAAUGGGAUACUAUAGUUGGGGACAAAGGGGUUAAGUUAUCAGGAGGGGAAAGACAAAGAAUAUCUAUUGCUAGAUGUUUAUUAAAGGAUCCCAAAAUUGUUAUUUUUGAUGAAGCUACUAGUUUAUUAGAUUCAAGAACAGAAUAUUUAUUUCAAAGAGCAGUUG